AUAGGGAUUCGAACAGUUAUAAAACCCUCCCCUCUCCCAAACUUUUUGAGACUCAACCAACAAUCUCUCUCUCCUUCCCUCCUAAAACACAGAAGACCUAGAGAGAGAAAUACCAUGGCCACCUCCGCUUCUUCUGCAAAUCCCAUUCUCUCUCCUCCUCCCUUCACCUCCUCUUCUUCUCCUUCUUCAACCAAAUCUUCUCAGCUGUCCUUCCUCAAUUCUUCUUUAUCAAGCACAAUUUCCUUCAAACUUUCUCAUUCUCACUCUCGGUCUUGUUCUCGUCCUCUAACUCAAUCCUUCGCUGCUCGAAAUUCUAUACAGACUGUUGAAUCUGCCGACACAUCGAUUUCCAAAGGCCGAGAGAGUGAAUUCGUCGGAUCCAAUUCCAAACCGACAAUCCUCGUCUCCGAGAAGCUCGGAGCUGCCGGUCUCGAGCUGCUGCGAAGCUUCGGCAACGUCGAUUGCUCCUACGAGCUGUCGCCGGAAGAGCUGUGCACUAAGAUCUCGCUCUGCGAUGCGUUGAUUGUGAGGAGUGGGACGAAGGUGACUCGCCAGGUGUUCGAGGCCGCCAAGGGGCGGUUGAAGGUUGUGGGAAGGGCCGGUGUCGGCAUCGACAAUGUGGAUCUUCAGGCCGCCACCGAAUUCGGAUGCCUCGUCGUCAAUGCUCCCACCGCCAACACCAUCGCCGCCGCCGAGCACGGCAUUGCUUUGAUGGCUGCCAUGGCGCGAAAUGUUGCCCAGGCAGAUGCUUCCAUGAAAUCUGGGAAAUGGCAACGGAACAAGUAUGUUGGUGUUUCUCUAGUUGGAAAGACGUUAGCAGUUAUGGGAUUUGGAAAAGUUGGAUCUGAAGUCGCAAGACGUGCAAAGGGCCUUGGCAUGAAUGUUAUUGCACAUGAUCCAUAUGCUCCAGCUGAUAGAGCACGUGCUAUUGGUGUUGAUUUGGUCUCCUUUGAUGAGGCCGUCUCCACUGCAGAUUUUAUUUCACUUCAUAUGCCACUCACUCCAGCUACAUCCAAGAUAAUGAAUGAUGAAACUUUUGCCAAGGUGAAGAAGGGAGUCCGCAUCAUAAAUGUUGCUAGGGGAGGAGUUAUUGAUGAAGAUGCAUUGGUGAGGGCCCUUGAUAGUGGGGUUGUUGCACAGGCAGCACUUGAUGUGUUCAUGGAGGAGCCUCCACCCAGCGAUAGCAAAUUGGUGCAGCAUGAGAAUGUUACUGUCACACCUCAUCUUGGAGCUAGCACAAAGGAAGCACAGGAAGGUGUUGCUAUUGAGAUAGCUGAGGCUGUGGUUGGAGCAUUGAGAGGGGAACUUUCUGCAACUGCUGUCAAUGCUCCUAUGGUCCCUGCUGAGGUUAUGUCAGAGUUGGCUCCUUAUGUUGUGCUAGCUGAGAAGCUGGGUAGGCUAGCGGUACAAUUAGUGGCUGGGGGUAGUGGAAUUAAAUCCGUGAAGGUGGUUUACAGAUCAGCUCGAGACCCAGAUGACUUGGAUACAAGGCUUCUCCGUGCCAUGACCAUAAAAGGCAUCAUUGAGCCAAUAUCCAGCUCAUUUGUCAAUCUGGUCAAUGCGGAUUUCACAGCCAAGCAGAAAGGUCUCCGCAUUAGUGAGGAACGAGUGGUUGUAGACUCGUCCCCUGAAUGUCCUGUUGACUCAAUUCAGGUGCAAAUAAACAAUGUGGAGUCCAAAUUUGCAAGUGGUAUGUUAGAAGACGGAUGCAUUAGCAUUGAGGGGAGAGUGAAGGAUGGGAUACCUCAUCUGAUACGUGUCGGCACGUUUAGUGUGGACGUGAGCCUGGAAGGAAACCUCAUACUGUGCCGUCAAGUGGACCAACCAGGUAUGAUUGGGCGGGUUGGAAGCCUUCUUGGUGAGCAAAACGUGAAUGUGAGCUUCAUGAGUGUUGGAAGAACUGUCAAGAGGACAAAGGCCAUCAUGGCAAUUGGCGUUGACGAAGAACCAGAUGUGGAUACCCUCAAGAAAAUAGGGGAGGUACCCGCCAUUGAAGAGUUUGUCUUCCUCCAACUGUAGAAGCACUGAUGGAAAUGCAAAAACCCAUCGUUUUUGCUCCGGUUGAGUUAAAAAUAAAGUGGUAACUCUGCCAGCCCGUGGUUGGUGGAAUUUAAGUUAUAAGUAUUGAUGUUAAGAUAAUGAUAAUACGUCAUCAUGCUAUAUUUACGAGAAGGAAAAAUGUUCUUGUCCAUGGUCAGGUGGAUGCAUUUCUUCAGUCUUUCUUGUGAUUUUUCCCUGUAGGUGGUGGUGGCGGCGGCGGCGGUGUCUUGACUUUUUGUGAAAUUUUCUUGUAGUUGGUGGUGGGGCGCAGGUGGAAGUAGGUGUAGUGAAAUGUGUGUAUGGCUUGUAGAAUUUGUAAUACAGUUCAGCUAAUGGAUGAAACCUUCUUUUAUACCCUUUUCAAGAUUAGGGAUGAGAUGCUUUCCUGUUUCAUUAAAUUACUGAGAUUAAUAAUUCUUCUCUUAAAU